AUGAAUGAGUCAACCACGAGCGGAACUGUUGCCGGGGAGUCCAGCUCUGAGCCUGCUAGCCCAGACACAUCUCUCAGGCCUGUCCUGACCAUAAUGGAGGACGAGAGGCAGACCAUGACCGAGGGUCAAUACAAAUGUCUUGAGCUGUUCAGCCGAGACCAGCAGCACAACAUCACAGGUGUGUUCUGUAGUCGUAUGUGGGAUGGCUUGUUAUGUUGGGACGAGACUCCGGUGGGGACCUACGCCACACAGAACUGCCCAGACUACCCCGGCCUGGACACCACUGGAAAAGUGUCAAAAUAUUGUGAUGAAUCUGGUAAUUGGGUCCAAAGUCCCUUCAUUAAUAAGACCUGGUCCAAAUGUCUGACGUUCUCCAAGGAAAAGUUAAAGAAGGUGACUCCUCAUGGUCUGCUAGAGCCCACUGUGGAGACUCCAGUCAGCCCCAGGGCCAGUCAGGAGGAGGAGGAGAGGAAGAAGAUCAUCGACGGUCAAUACAAAUGCUUUGAGAAGAUGAACAGAGACCAGCCAUAUAACAAAUCAGGGCUGUACUGUAACCGGACCUGGGAUGGCUGGCUGUGCUGGGAUGAUACACCAGCUGGGACAGUCACCUGGCAGAACUGCCCCAACUAUUUCCCUGACUUCGACUCCACAGAAAAAGCUACAAAGAUCUGUAGCGAAUCAGGACAGUGGUUCCGCCACCCAGACACCAAUAGGACGUGGUCCAACUACACCCUGUGUAACUUCCACACUACAGGCAAGCUGAAGAUGGCCUAUAUCCUGUACUACAUGGCGAUUGUUGGUCAUGCCUUCUCCAUAACCUCCCUCCUGAUCUCUCUGGCCAUAUUCUUCUACUUCAGGAACUUGAGCUGCCAAAGGAUCACGCUUCAUAAGAACCUCUUUGUUUCCUAUGUCCUCAACUCCGCCCUAACCCUCAUCUACCUCAUAGCAGUGGUCAACAACCCAGAUGUAGUGGGAAGAAAUCCAGUUGGCUGUAAGGUGUUGCACUUCUUCCACAUGUACAUGCUGGGCUGUAACUACUUCUGGAUGCUGUGUGAGGGGAUCUACCUGCACACGCUCAUUGUGGUGGCUGUGUUCGCCGAGGAGCAGCACCUACACUGGUACUACCUCCUAGGCUGGGGGUUUCCCUUAGUGCCUGCAUCCAUUCACGCUGUGGCGAGGAAGAAGUAUUUUGAUGACAACUGCUGGAUGAGUGUUGAGACCCACCUGCUCUACGUGGUCCACGGUCCCAUCAUGGCAGCGCUGCUCGUAAAUCUGUUCUUCUUGCUAAACAUCGUGAGGGUGCUGGUUACUAAGCUGAGGGACACCCACCGGGCAGAGUCUAACAUGUACAUGAAGGCAGUGAGAGCUACCCUGAUCCUGGUCCCUCUCCUGGGCAUCCAGUUUGUCAUCUUCCCCUGGAGGCCAGAGAACCGCCUGGCGGGGGAGGUCUACGACUACAUCAUGCAUAUAUUAAUGCAUUACCAGGGGUUACUAGUGGCAACGAUAUUUUGCUUUUUCAAUGGCGAGGUGCAGGCGGCUCUGAAGCGACAAUGGAUUCAGCACAAGGCCCAGUGGGGUCAGAGACGGAGGGACCACUGCUCCAUGCGCUCUACCUCCUACACCGCCACAUCCAUCACUGAGGUGCCCGCCUUCAUGUACCACCACGACUGCAACAGUGAACACUUAAACGGCAGACACACCUCUGAGGACUCUGAGCUGGUGGCUCUUAAGACAGGGGAGACGUACGCCUGA